AUGGCGAAGAGCAAGACCAAAGGUGCGCCCAGUAAGCGUCAGGCUAUCACGAAAGUAGAAACACAGGCAACCAGCAACAACAAAUCUUCUUCAACUGCAGGCAAUUCAGCGAGCGCGAUGAGAUCAUCAAACCUUAUGGUCUUGAUCCCGCCUCCCGCAAGCCCCAUCAAUGCUUCUGCAGGCACCGAGUUCAAGUUCUUCCCCAAGCUACCAAUCGAGUUGAGGUUCGAGAUCUACAAAUUGACCUGGAAGCCGCACAUCGUCUCUCUCAAAGAGGGUGGUGGGGGCCGCCAAGCCAUCUCCCAAGUUUCCAGAGAGGCCCGGCAGGAGUACCACAAGCACUACCAAUUCCUAAAGAAGCGAGCGUAUGCUGGGCGCCCCCGAGUUGGUCUCUUCAUCAACUACGACACCGAUGUAUUGAUGAUACCUUGUGUCCAGGCAAAGCGAUACGGAACCCAUCCUUACCGGACAUAUCCCAGGGCUCAGGACUUUGUCGCCGCAGCGAGCGAUUUCCAAAACUGGAUGGAGCCAGUCAAGCGAUUAGCUUUCGAGCUGCCGGCCCAUAUUGCCUUUCCUCCUUGGCUCAGGGAACAAGGGAACAAUAUCAUACGUCUGCCCGAAAAAUGUGAGUUCUGGGAGUUACUGAAUGAAGUCUUCCCGAAUCUGGAGGAGCUAGUAUUGGUAAUUAGUAGAUUAUCUCUCGCGAAGAACAAUAAGGGACCCAUGGUUUGGGUGGACCAGCAUGGGGGCUAUUUUGGCAAUGGAAGAAUCAUGAUUGGAGACAAUUUGGUGCAGCAAAAGGCCAAGGGCAUAUAUACUGCUAUCGAGGUGAAGUUCAUAGCGCUAUAG